CGCCUUCGCGCUUAGCGACCGCCAUUUUGUGUGCGGCCCUCUAUUCUAAAGCGGGAGAAAAUUAUCAGGCCUGCGCACAGCUUUUUCGCACGUCCACGGAGGAUUGAAGCGAGCGGCCGCACUCUACAGGCACUGAACUUAAUAUAAGCAUAAAACAAGCACUCUGCGAGUGUUGACCGGCCCGUUACCAUGGAGGGCGACGUAGUUUCCAUGGAAACUGCCCUGGCUCCGGAAGGCGGGGUUCUGCCCGAAGCCGGGGACGCCGUGAUCCAAGGAACAGCAGGUGCUUCGCAGGCGGUGGAGGUUCCGGGCAACAUGGAGAUGAUGGUGAUGGAUGCGCUGGAUCCGGCCCUCUUACAAAUGAAGACAGAGGUGUUGGAGGGAGGAGGCACAGUUACUGUAACCGGUGGGGAUGAGGGUCAGAUCAUCACCCUUCAGGUUGUCAAUAUGGAAGAACAGGCUGGUGCUGCUCUAGGACUUGGACAGCUUCAACUAGUGCAGGUUCCAGUCACUUCAACUUCAGUAGAUGGCCUCCAAGCAACAUAUGUAGAUGGAUCAGCCAAUAAAGAUGCAGAGCCAGUUAUCUGUCACACCCUGCCCUUGCCUGAAGGCUUCCAGGUGGUAAAAGUGGGAGCCAACGGUGAAGUGGAAACGGUAGAGCAAGAGGAGCUUCAUGCAGUCCACGAAGAGCUCCAAGCAACAAGGGCAGAAGAGGAACAGGAGGACGGCGACGUGGCCGAGCAGGAACCCCCAGAGUCUCAGCCCGGGUGGCAGAAGGACCCAGACUACCAGCCCAUUGCAACGGUCCGCAAAGGAAAGAAGGGAAAAAAGAGCCGCCUGCGCUAUGCAGAGGGUGACAGAGACAUGGAUGUGUCCGUGUACGACUUUGAGGAAGAGCAACAGGAGGGGCUGCUGUCAGAGGUCAAUGCAGAGAAGGUAGUUGGAAACAUGAAGCCCCCCAAGCCCACCAAGAUCAAGAAAAAGGGUGUGAAGAAGACCUUCCAGUGUGAACUGUGUAGCUAUACGUGUCCACGACGCUCCAACCUGGACCGACAUAUGAAAAGUCACACGGACGAAAGGCCGCACAAAUGUCAUUUGUGCGGAAGGGCCUUCAGAACAGUCACACUGCUGAGAAACCAUCUCAACACUCACACAGGCACUCGGCCACACAAAUGCACAGAUUGCGACAUGGCCUUUGUGACCAGUGGAGAAUUGGUGCGUCAUCGUCGUUACAAGCACACGCACGAGAAGCCCUUCAAGUGCUCAAUGUGUGACUAUUGCAGUGUGGAGGUGAGUAAAUUGAAGCGCCACAUCCGCUCUCACACCGGGGAGCGGCCCUUCCAAUGCAGUCUGUGCAGCUACGCUAGCAGGGACACAUACAAGCUGAAAAGACACAUGAGGACACACUCAGGUGAGAAGCCGUAUGAGUGCUACAUCUGCCAUGCUCGUUUCACCCAGAGCGGCACCAUGAAGAUGCACAUUCUACAGAAACACACGGAGAAUGUGGCUAAGUUCCAUUGUCCACAUUGUGACACCGUCAUCGCCCGCAAGAGCGACCUCGGGGUUCACUUAAGAAAACAGCAUUCAUUUAUCGAGAAGGGAAAGAAGUGUCGUUACUGUGACGCUGUGUUCCACGAGCGAUACGCUCUCAUCCAGCACCAGAAGACUCACAAGAAUGAGAAACGAUUCAAGUGCGACCAAUGCGAUUACUGCUGCAAACAGGAACGCCACAUGAUCAUGCACAAGCGUACGCACACCGGAGAGAAGCCUUUUGCCUGUAGUCAGUGCGAGAAAACAUUCAGACAGAAGCAGCUUCUGGACAUGCACUUCAAACGCUACCACGACCCCAACUUUGUGCCCACCGCCUUCGUCUGCAGCAAGUGUACCAAGACGUUCACCCGCCGGAACACCAUGCUGCGCCAUGCUGAGAACUGCAUGGGUGAUGUUACCGGAGACCAAAAUGGAACGCCACCCAAAAAGGGUCGACGGGGAAGGAAGAGGAAGAUGCAGGACAGGCCUGAUGAUGAUGAAGAGGACACAGAACCUGAUCUGGAUGAGCUUGAAGAUGAUGAGGAUUUGUUAGAUGAUAUCGAAUUGGAACAAGCUCCACCGGUAGUUCCCGUUGCCGCUCCUGAAGAACCACCGGUCAAGAGGAAGCGUGGUCGCCCCCCAAAGAACAAACCAAAUGUGGCCGCCGUCAUCCAAGUGGAGGAUGAGACCACUGAACAGGUGGAAGACAUCAUUGUGAAAAAGGAAGUGGGUGCCGAACCAGACGACAUAGAAGAGGAAGGGGCCACGCAGGAGGUGGUUGUCGGCGAAGGCGACGCCACCAUUCAGCUGGAGGAGCUAUCCCAGGAACAGGAGAUGCAGCUGUCAGAGGCACCGCCUAACGGAGACCUCACCCCUGAGAUGAUCCUUAGUAUGAUGGACCGGUGAUGGACGCAAGGGUCGACCCUGUAAAACACACACAAACUCCUCCCCUUCACAGCAACAUCUAAUUCUUGGCAUUUACAAUUACACUUUCAUCAUCCCACGUAGACAAAACAUCACUGUUGUAAUUUAAUGCUUGCUUUUAAAUCUUGCAUUGACAAGGACGAGUGAUAAAGACUUUUAAUACGGAUUUAUUUACCCAAAAAAAAAAAAAAAAUUCAUAAUUUCUGUUUUGGGCUGGCUGUAAUUGACCGCGUUAUCUUUAGCCUUCUCAUCGUUGUACUUGGUGUUUAGUACAUUUGUAGACAAUAGAUGCAUCACAAUUGCAUAAAUUGACUCUGGCAACAUUAUCAAAAAUGACUUUGCCCUAAAUCCAGACGUGCAUGUAACAAUCCAAAGGAUCAAGGAUGCACAGUCCUCUUUUGACAUGCCUGAGUCUGAUUUUUAUCCCCUUGUUUUUUUCGUUUUUUUUUUUUUUUUUUUU